UUAUCUCUUUUGGUCAUUUUUCGUACUUUUUAUUCAUAACUUCCCUUUCCCCCUUUUUUCUCCCCCUUCUUUAGCUUCUCUUUAUAUCUCUCCUCUCUUGGAAAAAAAAAGCUAUUGAUUAAAGAUGUCUUCACCAAGUAAUCCAAAUGGACUUUCCAGAUCGCUUUCAAGUCAUCUGCACAAACUAAACAUUCGGUCAUCAGAGAGUGCACCUACGACACCCGAUAUAUUCUCCGAGAAAGAAUUAGGCCGUCAUCAUAAGCAUAUAUCAAUGGAAAAUAAUGAGACUACAAGUCCAAACAAUAAACCGAGUUCAUUCCUAUCAAGGACAUUAUCCUCAAAGCGCGAUAGAUCUAAUUCAGUUGGUAAAGGACACCAUCGAAAGCAAUCACCUUCUCCUCCUCCUCUCCCUACUUCAACCACUCAAAACCUUCAAUUGAAAUAUUCUCCACAGUCAUCUAGUCCCAAAAGUGAUGAUUCUCCACAACCAUUUCCUCUUAAAGACUUGCCUAGUGGUGCAUUAGGAAAACCAAGAGAUAGAACAACGUUUAAAGGUGUCUUUGAUAAGUUUGUUGGAAGCUUUAAUGACUUGCUAAAUAAAGACAAGCAAUCUAAUGAUCAAGAAAAAGAAAUGGAAAUAUCAGGCCCUUAUAACGCAAAGCAUGUUACACAUGUUGGAUUUGAUGCUAGUACAGGUGAAUUUACUGGUUUACCUCAAGAAUGGCAAACAUUACUUCAAUACAGUGGCAUCACUAAACGAGAACAAUACCAAAAUCCUCAGGCUGUCUUGGAUGCCAUCGGCUUCUAUCAAGAGAACAGGGACCAUGAUGAAUCUGUUUACCAUAAAAUGGAAAGAGCGCAUGCAAUUAAUGAUCGUGAUAUUCUUCAGCAAGAUUACAAUGACCAUGUUAAUGAACAAAUACUUCCUGUAUUGCCUGAAUACAAGGUAAGACUAUAUAUAUCCAGUGUUUAUACUCUAUUCACACACAUGGUUUGUUGAAUUAGAAAACGAGUGCACCCGAACGAUUGAUGGAUGAACAAUGUAAGUAAACAAAAAACAAAAGGAGAGUUAUUGUUAAUAUUCUUUAUAGUAUAUCAUCAACAAUUGUAUCAAAGACAACUUCAAUUACAGCAAUUAAAGCAACAAGAGAGAUUGAUGUCCAAAAGCAGUACCAACACAAGUAGUUCACACGCCGCAAGAGAUUAUGAUAUCAAGAGAAAACUAAGUGCUAAACAACGAGAUAGACGAGAAGAAAAUAAUAAUA